CAUAAAACGUAUAAUAGGAAGUUAGAAAUACUUUUGUGUUGGUUAAUUUUAAAUUCUAAGUAUUCGUCUGUAACAAAUCUAUGAUGGGAGUCGUUUCAAGACAUCGCCACAAACUUGUCAGCAGAGGAUUGAAUACGAAGCAAGCAUAGCAUCAGGUGCAAGGCUUAUCACAGCAGAGAAGGAUAACUUGCAGUAUAUAGACAGAACCUUAUAACAGGACAAUGGGCGUUGGUGGGAUUUUCGCAAUAUUCUUGCUAUUUGCAACUUUUGUCGACGCUGAAUUUACCUUCACUAACUCACUGCGAACGCUCGAAAUUUUCCUGGACCGCAGAUUGGUUCUAAGGCACACGAGGGAUCUUCCAGCAGUGGAAGUGGGCAACGGCAUCGCUAAGUACAAAGAAAAAUUCGGAGACUUCGACAUAAGCGAUCAUAUAUCUGAACGAAUCUCUUUAACUGACUACCGAGUGAAUGACGAUCUUGGCGAUAACGUCUUGGAAAUCACAUUUGCAGAUCACAGUAACAGCAUUCAGGUAACUCUACAAUUCUCGUCUGCCAGUACUGGACAAAACACGAUUCGAAUCACCAAUGUACAUGGGACAUUGAAUCGACUGUGGUUAAAAAUAACUGCCGAUGCAGACGAGCAUGUAUAUGGAGGAGGGGAACAGUUCAGUCAUUUCAAUAUGCGUGGUUACCGAUAUCCAAUUUGGACAAGGGAGCAAGGCGUCGGUAGAAACAAGAGCACGAUCAUUACUAAGUUAGCGGAUUUAAUUCGCAAUGCUGGAGGCGACUACCAUACCACAUACUGGCCGCAAGCGACUUUUGUAUCAGACAAACUUUAUUACGCUCACUUGGAGUAUUCAGCUUACUGCGUGUUGGACUUUAGUGCUUCUGGAUAUCAUGAGUUAGAACUUUGGGAAAAUGUCUCCCAAAUGGUCAUACACAUGGGCACUGCAUCUACAUGGGAGGAUUUAGUUGGGAAACUUACGUCAUUCUUUGGUCGACAACCUGCUCCACCGAAGUGGUUGAACAACGGGGCGGUGAUUGGACUUCAAGGGGGAUCAGACCGGGUUAUUUCAAUACACAACUCGUUAAGGAAACAAGGCGUUGACAUCAGCGCUGUUUGGAUCCAGGACUGGUCGGGAAAAUUAAUGACGUCAUUAGGGAAACGCGUUUACUGGAACUGGAGAUGGAAUCCUGAGUUUUAUCCGGAUCUUAAACGUCAUAUUAAGAAAUUUCGUGACGAAUACAACGUUCGGUUUCUUUCCUAUAUCAACCCUCACGUGAUCAACGGUAGCGAAAUGUUUCAAGAAGCUGACAACAACGGUUAUUUUAUCAAAAGCAAAUCGACAGGCAAAACGCAGCUCGUAGACUUCGGCGAGAUGUUUUGCGGAACAAUUGAUUUGACCAACCCAAAUGCUUUUGAAUGGUACAAGCAAGUUGUCAAGGAUAUGUUAUCGUUCGGGUUCGCUGGAUGGAUGGCUGAUUUUGGCGGCGAAUAUUUACCCGUGGAUGACACGAUGUACUUUGACGGCACGCAUGCUGUGGAGAUGCAUAACUUAUACUCAGAGAUGUGGGCAAGGUUGAAUAAGGAGGCUGUGGAGGAGGAAGGAAAGAUGAAUGAUACGUUUGUUUUCAUGCGGUCAGGCUUUGGCAGGUCACCCGGUCAUACAAUGACGUCAUGGGCAGGUGAUCAAAACGUCGACUUUUCUUACGCUGACGGUUUGGCGUCCGUUAUACCAGCAGCGCUGUCACUUGGGAUGUCCGGCAUGGGGAUUCACCACUCUGAUAUCGGCGGAUACGUCUCGCUUAUUUGCAUGGUACGCACAGAGGAACUUGUAUUAAGAUGGGCGGAAAUGAACGUGUUUACGCCAAUCAUGCGAACACAUGAAGGCAACAGACCAUACAGGAACUGGCAAAUAUACACCAUGGACACGACGACAGAAUCAUUUGCUCGUCUCACGUCAUUAUACCACCGCCUAUCCCCUUACCAUUCGUUUGUAGCAGAGGAAACGGCAUCCAAAGGAAUUCCAGCUCAAAGACCGCUGUUUCUGCAUUACUCUGAUGACCCUACUACAUACGAUAUACAAUACCAAUACAUGUAUGGGCCAGAUAUUUUGGUGGCGCCUGUUUUGUUCGAAGACAAACAUGAUUGGUCGGUUUACCUUCCUCCCGACCAAUGGGUGUAUUUAUGGAAUGGAACAGAGGUUGUUGUACCGAGGUCACGGGACGGUACAGGGAUGAGUGUGACUGUAAACGCGGAGAUGGGUAACCCGCCGGUGUUUUACCGCAAGGGGUCUCCCUGGAGCAAAUUGUUCCAAACUUUUGCGAAAGAUGAGGUGAAACCUGGCAGAACACCAGAAGGACUAAGUUUAAAGUUAUUGCUAAAAGAACCAAAUAUAUUUUUAUUUUUACUGCUUCGUAAAAUGUUUUGGUAUGUUUUCUUCAACGUUUAAGUCAUGAAUAAAACUAUAUGCAAGGGUUUA